AUGGUUCUUGCAGAUUUAGGACGUAAAAUUACAUCUGCACUACGAUCUCUCAGCAAUGCAACUGUCAUCAAUGAAGAAGUCUUGAAUUCUAUGCUAAAAGAAAUAUGUGCGGCAUUACUUGAAGCAGAUGUUAAUAUCAGGCUUGUCAAAAAGCUAAGAGAAAAUGUACGUCUCGCAAUUGAUUUUGAUGAUAUGGCUGGUGGUCUUAACAAAAGGAGAAUGAUACAGAGUGCUGUAUUUAAAGAACUUGUAAAGCUAAUUGAUCCUGGAGUGAAAGCUUAUCAGCCAAUCAAAGGACGACCAAAUGUAAUUAUGUUUGUUGGUCUACAAGGUUCAGGAAAAACAACUACUUGUACAAAACUUGCCUAUCAUUAUUUAAAGAAAAAUUGGAAAGCUUGUUUAGUUUGUGCUGAUACUUUUCGUGCUGGUGCAUAUGAUCAAAUAAAGCAAAAUGCAACAAAAGCAAGAAUUCCAUUUUAUGGGAGCUAUACAGAAGUAGAUCCAGUUAUAAUAGCACAGGAUGGUGUGGAAAUGUUUAAAAAGGAAGGUUAUGAAAUCAUUAUUGUUGACACUAGUGGUAGACACAAGCAGGAAGAAUCUUUAUUUGAAGAAAUGCUUCAAGUUGCAAAUGCAGUUCAACCAGAUAAUAUAAUUUUCGUAAUGGAUGCAACAAUAGGUCAAGCUUGUGAAGCUCAAGCAAAAGCUUUUAAAGAACGCGUUAAUGUCGGUUCUAUCAUUAUUACAAAACUUGAUGGACAUGCAAAAGGUGGAGGUGCUCUUUCAGCGGUUGCUGCGACGCAAAGUCCAGUAAUCUUUGUAGGUACAGGAGAGCAUAUAGAUGAUCUAGAAUAUUUUAAAACAAAACCUUUUAUUAGUAAAUUAUUGGGUAUGGGUGAUAUUGAAGGGCUAAUAGACAAAGUAAAUGAAUUAAAUCUCGAUGACAAUGAUGAAUUAAUUGAGAAAAUCAAACAUGGACAAUUUACUUUGAGAGAUAUGUAUGAACAGUUUCAGAAUGUUAUGAAAAUGGGACCGUUUUCUCAGUUAAUGGGAAUGAUUCCUGGUUUCAGUCAAGAUUUUAUGUCAAAAGGUACAGAAAAGGAAUCUAUGACAAGACUAAAACGUAUAAUGACCAUUGUGGAUAGUAUGAAUGAUGCAGAAUUGGACAACAGAGAUGGUGCAAAAUUAUUCAGUAAACAGCCAGGCAGAAUUAUAAGAGUAGCACAAGGUUCUGGUGUAACAGAAAAGGAGGUCAAGGAUGUAAUUACACAGUACACAAGAUUUGCAGCAGUUGUAAAGAAAAUGGGUGGUAUUAAAGGAUUAUUUAAAGCAGGAGAUAUGCCCAAAAAUAUAAAUUCAAUACAAAUGGCAAAGUUAAACCAUCAAAUGGCAAAAAUUAUGGAUCCCAGAGUUCUCCAUCAAAUGGGUGGUAUGCCAUGGUUACAAAAUAUGAUGAAGCAACUUCAACAAGGUGCAGCAGGAGGACUUGGAAAUUUAAUGGGUGGUUUUGGAGGCAAAUCGUGAAAAAUGAUUUAUUAGGCAGUACAGUGACUGUCUUUGAUAUAAUUCCUUGUUAAAUAUUAUUUAGUAAUAACGGGAAAGAAAAAAGAAUGGGGAAGGAAAGGAGAAAAUGGAAAAGAAAGCAAUGAAUUUUAAAGCCUGUACUAUUCUGUGAAAAUGAUCUUUUGAAAAUUUUUACAAAAGUUUAGGCAAAAUUUUAUGUUUACAGAUCUUUUUCA